AACAGUACUAAUUCUGUUGAAUACUAUACCGUUUAUUGUAAAAAGCCUGCAAGUUGUAUUGGUGAACAGGUAAAGAUGUAAAUUCAAAGUAAAACCUCAAUGUCACGAAGAUCAGGAGGAGGAAGAUCCUCGGGGGGCAGAGGAGGGGGAGGCUCCAGCCGAUCCAUGAGUGGGGCCAGUCGCCCCCCUCCCCCUAGGCUACCUCAGAGGAGAGAGACACCUUCAGCCCCAAAACCAACGUCACCUGGUGACAAGCAACCCGCCAAAUCGCAACCCCGAGGGUCAGCUCCAGGGGGUAGCGCGGCGGGGACAUUCGGGGCAGCAGCAGCAGGAGCAGCGGUAGGCACCAUGGUUGGCUCAGCCCUAGGGUCGGCGAUGGCUGGUCCGAGUUCAGCUGCAGACAGUAGCCGGGGCGACGAUGGAGGUGGAUACGGUCCUGAGAUCUACGGAGCAUGCGCAGAUAAGCUUUACGCACUGUUGGACUGCGCAGACAAGAGGGGUGGGAACUUGGACGCUUGUGGAGCUGCAAUGGAUGACCUUACUAACUGCCACAAGGGUGGAUAAUAGCCAUACAGUUUUCGAGUUUUCUGACCAGUAACAUCAUUUAUUACCCUCCAAGUAGACUUUGAAUCACCUCGACAGUUUUCAAAAAGAAGACUAUAAUAUGAAUCACGCAAUAAAAAAAUGAUAUCUGACACAAGCUUAUUCCUAA